AUGAUUCUCACGAUUUCUCUCUCACUUUAUCUAUCUAUCUAUCUAUCUAUCUAUCUAUCUAUCUAUCUAUUGUCUCUCAAUUCCGCUUCUAACUUUCCCUCUUUUUCUCAUUUAUACACUUCUUCAUUUCAUACAUUUAUGCUAUUUGUUUUAUUUACGAAUAAUUUACCUUCUCAUAAUUUAUCUCUUUCUUUCGUUCUUUCUUUCGUUUUUUUCAUUCUGCCUUUCUUUCUUUCUUUCGUUUUUUUCAUUCUGCCUUUCUUUCUUUCCUUUCUUCAUUCUGCCUUACUUUCUUUCUUUUUGUUCGUCAAUUUAUUCCCUCUCAUUUUACUAAUUAUUUUUCUUUUUUUCAUUCUUUUCCUCUUUUUCAUUCUUUCUUUCUUUCUUUCUUUCUUUCUUUCUUUCUUUCUUCAAUUUAUUCCCUCCCAUUAUUUCAUUCUUUUUUAUUUUUCGUUUUUUCAUUCUUUCUUUCUUUCUUUCUUUCUUUCUUUUUUUUCUUUCUUUCUUUCUUUCUUUCUUUCUUUCUUUCUUUCUUUCUUUCUUUCUUUCUUUUUUUUCUUUCUUUCUUUCUGUGCGUCAAUUUAUUCCCUCCCAUUUUACUAUACAUUUUUCUUUUUUUUUUCAUUCUUUUUUCUUUCUUCCUUUCUUUGCCGACACUUAUUUUAUUUUUCAUAUUUUUCUCAUCUUACUUUCUUUGUGUUUUUCUCUUUCUCUUUCUUUCAAAUUAAGUAA